AUGAAAUUCAUGAAGUUUCCAUUGAGGAAUUCGCUGAGACGCUCAAAUGCUGCCUUUUCGUUUAUAAUGAGCCAUGUUUCCCCUGUUUUACUGUUGUUUUCAAGUUUGUCUUUCUUGGAUCCUUCGCCAUCUAGCAAAGCAAUGUCGAAACACGUCAAGAGUCAGUCUACUAGAGCCUUUGAAAACACAUCCACCAAUGUGGCAGCGUCUCAAAUGAGGAAUCACUUGAAUUCCCUCGUUGAUUCUGUCCCAGAGUCCGUCCCAGCUGAGGAAAGGCAAAGAUUUGAAAAUGAAAUGGAUUCCUUCUUUGCGUUGUUCAGAAGGUACAUCAAUGAGAAGUCAUCUGUCUCCAACACCCUAGACUGGGAUAAAAUCACGUCUCCUUCUGUCGAUGAGGUUGUCUCCUACAAGGGAUUAGAGGAGAAUUUGAAUCACCCCAAGAAUUUCGACAAGUUGGCCGUUUUGAAAUUGAAUGGUGGUUUAGGUACUUCGAUGGGUUGUGUUGGUCCAAAGUCGGUUAUUGAGGUGAGAGAGGGCCAAUCUUUUCUUGACUUAUCCGUUAGACAAAUUGAAUUUCUAAAUAAAACUUAUGACACUGAUGUUCCUCUCUUGUUGAUGAACUCCUUUAAUACCGACAGAGACACAGAAUUGAUUGUCAAGAAAUACCAGUCUCAUAGAAUUAGGAUCAAGACAUUCAAUCAAUCUAGAUUUCCAAGGAUUUUCAAAGAUAACUUAUUACCGGUACCUUCGUCUUAUGAUGAUAGACUUGAUGCUUGGUAUCCUCCAGGUCAUGGUGACUUGUUUGAGAGUUUGGUUUCUUCCGGUAUCUUGGACCAAUUGUUGAAUGAGGGUAAAGAAGUUUUAUUUGUAUCUAAUGGUGAUAACUUGGGUGCAACUGUUGAUUCUAAAAUUUUAAAUCAUAUGAUUGAAACUGGAUCUGAGUAUAUCAUGGAAUUGACCGAUAAAACUAGAGCCGAUGUUAAAGGUGGUACCUUGAUCAACUAUGAAGGCUCUGUUAGAUUGUUGGAAAUUGCUCAAGUGCCAAAAGAUCAUGUUGAAGAUUUCAAAUCUAUUAAAAAAUUCACCAAUUUCAAUACAAAUAAUCUUUGGAUCAAUUUGAGAGCUAUUAAAAGGUUGGUUGAAUCUAACUCUUUACAAUUGGAAAUCAUUCCAAACAUUAAAUCAAUUAAAAUUGGCAACUCAGAUAUCAAUGUCAUUCAACUAGAAACAGCUGUUGGUGCUGCAAUUAGAUAUUUCAAUUACGCCCAUGGUGUUGUUGUCCCAAGAUCGAGAUUCUUGCCUGUGAAGACCUGUUCUGAUUUGUUUUUAGUUAAGUCUGAUUUGUUUAACUUACAACAUGGUACCCUAAAGAUGGAUCCUUCCAGAUUUGGCGGCGCACCUUUGAUCAAAUUGGGUUCCCACUUUAAGAAAGUCUCUGAUUUCCAAAAUAGGAUCUCUCACAUGCCUAAAAUUAUUGAAUUGGAUCAUUUGACUGUUACUGGUAAUGUCACGUUUGGUAAAAAUGUUCAAUUGAAAGGAACCGUUAUUAUUGUUUGUUCUGAUGGCUCUAAAAUCGAUAUUCCAAAUGGCUCAGUUCUCGAAAAUGUGGUCAUCACUGGUAACCUCCAAAUUUUGGAACAUUGA